AUCAUGGCGGCCUGGAGGAUAAACGCCGAUAAAUUGUACCCGCCAGUUGUGACCGUUACGGAACCCAUAGACUGAGAGAAAUGCUUUCUUGCUCACCGUUUGGAGUUGGCAACCCCAUCGUCUCCCUCUUUCCCACUCCUCUUGCUACUCUUACUCUUACAAAGUUCAGCAACCGUGCUAAUUUCCUCAAACGCUCCUCAAUUUCCGCGGCUAAUUACCAGUCCCACAAAAUAUCACAGGCCCACUACGACAGUCUUAGGGUUUUGGAAUGGGACAAGCUCUGCGAUUCCGUUGCCUCCUUUGCUCGUACUUCCUUAGGCCGCGAAGCCACUAAGGCACAGCUAUGGUAUUUGAAUCAGACAUACGAAGAAAGCCUCAGACUUUUGGACGAAACCAAUGCGGCCGUAGAAAUGCGCAAGCACGGUGCUUGCUCUCUGGAUUUUAGCGGCCUCAAUGUCGUUUUGGUGCAAUCUGCCAUGCAACAUGCUCGGAGGAGUUCACCACUGGAUGGGAACGAAGCGUUGGCUGUUGCGGCGCUGCUACAGUGCGCAGAGGUUUUACAGAGUAAUCUUAAAGUUGCAAUCAAGGAAGAUGCAGAUUGGUACACACGUUUUAUGCCUCUUUCACCAGUGAUAAUGGGAUUUGUCAUUAACCGAUCACUCGUUAAGCAGAUACAGCAAGUUGUAGAGGAAGAUGGCAGUGUUAAAGACUCUGCGAGUCCUACUCUGAAACGAUUACGCAAUCAAGUUCGGACACUUGAGGGAAAGAUAAAUCAGUUAAUGAACAGCCUAAUUAGGGAUGACAGUGAAACACCCUCUCUGGAAGUGAGUACUGUUGAUGGCAGGUGGUGUAUAAAAUCCAGUGCUAGUGAACUGACAAGUAUUAAGGGUCUCCUAUUGCCCAGUAGUUCAGGCAUAGGAAGCAUCAUUGAGCCAUUAUCUGCUAUCCCUCUAAAUGAUGAGUUGCAACGGACAAGGGCUCUAGUAUCAGAAGCUGAGACAGAAGUUCUCUUAACGUUAACAGAAAAGAUGCAAAUGGAUCUUGAUAACAUUGAACAACUAUCAAACAGUAUAAUCCAACUGGAUGUGGUUAAUGCCCGAGCAACUUAUGGUCUAGCAUUUGGUGGAACAUGUCCCAAUCUAUUUCUACCAGGAGGGCUUGGCUCUUUCACUUCUGAUACCUACUUAUCAGGGAACAGACAUCCACAACAAUCCGAUCCCUCAAAGAAUGAAUGGGUGUUGUAUCUGCCAAAGGCUUAUCAUCCUCUACUACUUCACCAGCGUAGACAAAAUUUACAGAAGGCCAGGAAAGAUUUAAAAAUUGCCACUAUGGAAAUCAAAAGAAAACUACAAGGAGAGUAUGUUACACAGAAAGCAGGAAAAAAUAUAGAUAUUUCAUCCUUAGAGUUGAAGGCUAUAGAACUGGAACAGGUUAAACCAAUUCCAGUUGAUUUUUUCAUAGCUCAAAAAACUCGAGUUUUGGUUAUCACUGGCCCUAAUACGGGGGGUAAAACCAUUUGCCUAAAGACCAUAGGAUUGGCAGCUAUGAUGGCAAAAUCAGGCCUUCAUGUUUUGUGUUCUGGAUCAGUACAAAUCCCUUGGUUUGAUUCAGUUUUUGCUGACAUUGGCGAUGAACAAUCCCUGACCCAAUCACUUUCCACCUUUUCCGGCCACUUAAAACAUAUAAGUGACAUCCAGUCACAGUCAACAAGUCAUUCACUCGUGCUACUGGAUGAGGUUGGUGCAGGAACAAAUCCCCACGAAGGAGCAGCACUGGGGAUGUCUCUAUUGGAAUCUUUUGCUGAAACUGGUGCUUUGCUGACAAUUGCUACAACACAUCAUGGGGAACUCAAAACCCUGAAAUACAGCAAUGACGCCUUUGAAAAUGCAUGUAUGGAGUUUGAUGAUGUGAAGUUAAAGCCAACUUACAGGAUUCUCUGGGGAGUACCAGGGCGUUCAAAUGCAAUCAAUAUAGCUGAAAGGUUAGGACUACCUGGUAAAGUAGUAGAUAAUGCCCGCGAACUAUAUGGUGCAGCUAGUGCGGGGAUAGAUGAGGUCAUAAUUGAUAUGGAACGGUUAAAGCAGGGCUUUCAAAAGCUUUUAUAUGAAGGACAGCAUCAUCUGAUGCUCUCAAGAGAGUCGUAUGAGAAACUGUUGGUUGCCAAAAGGAAGACUAUGGAACAUAGUAAUGAUCGAAGACUUAUUAAAAUGAGAGAAAUAUCUGAGGCUGCUGCAAUGGCUCGUUCUAUCCUUCACAAAAAAGUAAGACAGCACCGUGCAUCACUGGUUCAACCUUUGCAGCCUACUUUAACGCAUAAAAGCCAGCACAAAUUGGAAACUAACGGUCAACGCACAACUGAUGAUAAACAUCAAAUGGAAAGGAGUGCAUCCUUUUUAUCAUCAUCAGAGAAGUUUGAGAUUCCCAAGGUUGGCAAUGUGGUGUUUGUUUCUUCCCUUGGUAAGAAAGCGACAGUUUUAAAAGUGGAGCCUUCUAAAGAAGAAAUCGUGGUUCAAGCUGGAAACAUGAAGUUGAAAUUGAAACUAGACGACAUCAAGACGUGACUGUCAAGAAUAGUUGCAUGUGAAUGCCAUCCACGAUGUCAACAGAAAGGAUUUUUGCUUGCACAUUAAUGAUUAGCAUUAUGUUGAAUACCAUUAAUUGCAGCAGUGCAUUCCGUCGAACGAACUUAACAAUGAACAAGAUUGAGGGCUGAAACACAUCUUUGGGUAUUGAAAUGCAAAGCUUCAAGAAAGUAUUUGGACAGCUCAUCACUCUAAUCAAGCAUGCUAAUUAGGCGCACUAUAAUAAGUGGAAAAUGCAGACAUCUUGAAGACGAAGAAACAGUGGGAGAUACAUCUUUUAUUUUAUUGUUUCAUCGAAUGACAGAUGAUGUAAACAGCAUCCGGAGUAAUAUGAGAUGUAAUUGCUUCUUUUGAUUAUACAUGAUCCUAUCCUCUUCUGCUGUUAUGUUAUCUUGAGAAUAUUUAUUAUCAGUAGCACUUGAAGUCUCCAUUAGCUGGAGAAGCUACUAGGACUCCCUGUCGCUGGCAGGAUGGCUGAAAGAUGAAAUGCUCUUUGAGAAGGAAAAAAGAAAGGAAAAUAAACUUUGCACGCGGGCUACAGUUGUGUUUGUUUAAUGGACAUUCGCGGGUCAAAUCAGAGGUAAAAGACAUCCAAGACAGGGACAGAGAGAUCACAAUUCUCUUGGAACUCAAUUCGUUGAAACAUGGCCCAACUUUUAAAUGCCAUGAUCGAAUCGAAUGGAUCAUGGAUGGGACAUGAAACUGAAAGACCUCUUUGUGAGGAAAAUAAACUUUCUUGUAACGGGGAUUUUGUGAGGUAUCUUUAUAA